AAAGAGUAAUGUUGCACCAGGUGAGUACUGCUGUUGCUACUUCUGCUUUAUCCGGCCUCAUAUUUAUUCUCAGACUCUUGUUUGAAUUAUAAAAGUCCGGAAUAUUAAACCUUGAAACCACUGAAAUCCACUUUUACACAAAUGUCUUUUGAGCACACAAAAUCGGUCGUUAAACGUUUGUUUGAAUGUGGAUGUUAAUGUUGCAACAUUCAGUUUAUCAUAGAAAAACCAGGCAACUGUGUCAGUGAGGUUAACAAUUAUAAUCAGAUGCUGAUGCUAAGAACAACAUCCAGCUGCACUGAUCAUGAGUAAAAUCAAGUCCAUUUUUAUUUUAUGUUUUAUAUAAUAAUAGAAAUUAUUUCCCACGAUACAAAAAUAUAGACUAAUGCUAAUCAUCUUAAUGUGUUUGUUUUAUUUAAGUUAAUGUGGUAUAAAACUGUCACAUGUUAAUAUUUUUAUUCUAUUAUUUCUUUGUUUAUUUUCCAGCCAACCACAUUAUUUUGGAUGAUAUCAAAAUGUUACCGAGGUCAACUCCUUUUUAAAGGAAAUUUUAAAGUACUUUCAGACUUUUUCAUUCCUCAACUUUUGGGACAACUAAUGAAUAAUUACACAGAGGAUUUAUUUUUGCUCGUCUCAUCAAAAAUUGAAUGGGCUCAGUAUUUUUAAAAAGUCCCUGGUUGUGCUUCCAUCCGGACUUCAGAGUAAUGAUGCACAGAAAAUCUCCAGGUGAGUCCUGCUGCUGUUACUUUAUUCACCCCAUGUUUUAUUCGUGCAGAGGCUUCAGUGUGUGUGUGUGUGUGUGCGCGCUGGUGAAGGAGUGAGGAGGGUGAUGUCACUGCUGAGCAGGACGUGUCCACACUGUCUCUUUAAUUUCAGCUCAGUCCAGGGGGCAGGAUCCUGCUUCUUUUUUUUUCUCCUGGAGUCGAAGCGUUUGCGCCACAGCAGCAGCAGCAGCAAGCAGCAGAUUGAAUGAAGCGUCCCUGAAGGCUGCUGUCCACACGGAGGACACCGAGCUGGCCUCUCCAAGAUGCCACAAUGCAUCUGUGCGUUCUUCAGGUCCUGAGCGAUGCGGAUAGCCGCCUCGCCGCACGUCCCAGUCUGGAUGUGGGUCUUCUUCUUUCUCCAAAGAAAGCUGCAGGGCCUUGAGAAAGCGAUCUCCGCCUUGAUCGUAUCUGGACAGCGGGCGACUGGCAGCCCUCCGCACGGAUGAUAAAAGAACUUGGGAAAGGAACUAGUCAAGAUGGCAGCUGUGCACGGAGUGAUAACGCCGAUGUGGAGGCAUUAGAUGAAGUCAUUUUCGUCUUCUUGCAGUGCGCACGUCGCAGGAUCGCGAGUCUGCAGGACGCGGGGCAAACGUCGUCUUGACUCUCCGCGGACUUCCUAUCGCUUCUCUCCACAUUUUGGCAAACUGCAGCGCGUGCUGUUGAGGGUGUGGGCUGCGGGGGGACAGACAAUGUUUUAGUUGGUGCUCCGUGCUGCGGAUUGACGCCUUGCAGGAGGACGGACACACGGACACGUGCUGGGCUGCAGCCCGGACAUUUGCGUCGUAAAUGAAUCCGCCGCUGAAUCCCGCACACAACAUUGAUGGAAUGCGACCUGAGUGAUUUUAUUCCCCUUUGUGCGAGAGACGAGCAUUUGCGAUCGACAUGGCUGAGGCGCCGCGCAUCGGCAACGAGUCUCCGCCGAACGUGGAGAUAGACCCGGAUUUCGAGCCCCAGAAACGGCCACGGUCCUGCACCUGGCCCCUGCCCCGUCCGGAGUCCGGUGCGGGCAAACCCGGGACCAAUGACACUGACGUAAUCCCCGAGGAGGAGGAUGACGACGGGGGCGCUGCAGACACGGCCAGCGGUGGCGAUGUGAACCCCCGGGGGACGAGCGGCAGCGGCGGCCCCGUCUCGCAGCCCGUGGAGGUCCAGCGCGGCCCCCGCACGGAGGAGGCGGCGGACGGCUCGCCUUCCUCCGCGCUGACCCCCUCCGCGGGUGCGGGCGGCUCUGCCUCCCAGCAGCUGAGGAAGUCCUCCGCCCGCAGGAACGCCUGGGGCAACUACUCCUAUGCAGACCUCAUUACCCAAGCCAUCGAGAGCUCCCCGGAGAACAGGCUGACCUUGUCCCAAAUCUACGACUGGAUGGUGAGGUCUGUGCCGUAUUUCAAGGACAAAGGCGACAGCAACAGCUCUGCGGGCUGGAAGAAUUCCAUCCGACACAAUCUGUCCCUCCACAGUCGUUUUGUCAAAGUCCAGAAUGAAGGGACAGGGAAAAGUUCCUGGUGGAUGGUCAACCCAGAAGGUGGGAAAGGAGGCAAAGCUCCUCGCCGACGGGCUGUAUCGAUGGACAACAGUAAGUACAUCAAAGGAGCUCGAGGACGUGCCACCAAGAAGAAGGCCUCACUGCAAGCCGCUCAAGAGGGCAGCUCUGAGAGCUCCUCGAGCCUCUCCAAAUGGACAGGAAGUCCAACUUCCCGCAGCAGUGAUGAGCUCGACGCCUGGACAGACUUCCGCUCCCGGACAAAUUCUAACGCCAGCACACUCAGCGGUCGUCUGUCCCCGAUCCUGGCCAACCUGGAGCUGGACGAGGUGCCUGAUGACGACUCUCCACUCUCCCCAAUGCUGUACUCCAGUCCCAGCAGCAUGUCCCCGUCCACAGGGCCCACGGGGCUCUCUGACCUGGCAGGUACCAUGAAUCUCAAUGAUGGACUCUCUGACAACCUGAUGGACGACCUUUUAGACAAUAUCAGCCUGACAGCAUCCCAGCAGCCUCCUCCUGGAGAGGAUGACAACGGAGAAGACGGUCAGGGGAGCUCACUGUUUACCUUCAGCUGCUCAGGAAGCAGUCUGGGUAGCCCCUCUGGCAGCUACGGUCCCAACCCUCUUUUCAGCCCGCCGUCCAUCACGAGCCUGCGCCAGUCACCCAUGCAGACCAUUCAGGAGAACAAGCAGACCACCUUCUCCUGCAUCUCGCACUUUAGCGACCAUCAGACCCUGCAGGAUCUGCUCAGUCUGGACUCCCACAGCCCCAGCAAUGUCAUGCUCACCCAGUCCGACCCGCUGAUGUCGCAGGCCAGCACCGCCAUUGCUCUGCAAAACUCUCGUCGAAAUGCCAUGCUGCUGCGCAAAGACCACAUGUUGGUGAACCCCACCAGCGCAGGUCAGGGUCAAAGCUCAUCAGUGCCUGGUUGGCAAGCUGGCUUGUCAACCUCUGACGGCGAUGCCAGUCAACCUAUUGCCAAGCAGCCCCACCUGAAGUCACCCAGCAAGAACGCAUCUAUGCAGCUCGGCUCUGGUUUGUCCGGCCAGGACCGUUUUCCUGCCGAUCUGGACCUGGACGUGUUCAACGGCAGCCUGGAGUGUGACAUGGACUCCAUCAUCCGCAAUGAGUUGAUGGAUGCAGAUUGCCUGGACCUCAGCUUCGACUCUUGCCUCACUUCCGCCCAGAACGCCAACAGGAAUUCAGGAAGCUUCUCAAGCUCGAAACAGACCUCCCCUCAAAGCUGGGUCCCAAGCUGAGAGGCUCUGUCGGAGCAUGAUUCAAAAAAGAAAAGAAAAGUGGGGGAAAUGUAAAUUGGGUUUCAUUGUCCUGCAUUGUUCAAUUAGAGGGAAUGAAGUGUGUAAAAGUGUAUUCAUGUAGUAUUUUUUUUCCAUUGUUUUUAAUGUGAGGCAUUAAGUUCGAUACUGUAUUUUAAGUGUCUGAGACACAUAAUGGUGUCUACACAGCGGAGAAAAAAAGAUCAAUACCUGGGCGGUGUGAACAACAGCACUGACUACUAGUACAGGACAUUUUGUUAAAACUAUAUGAAAAGCAUCAACUCAUGUUAGUCUCAGGGAAUCACGCAUAUCACAAAGUGAUACAUGAUGAAGAUGAAUUCUGUUUCCACCCUGCUUUUCUCCCUUUUCACGCCCUUUCAUACCUAAAACCAACAUUUUUGCCAAACCAGCUGUCAGCCGGUUGUUGGCUGACGGCCUGUUUACAGAAUGAGAAUGUUGCAUUAUUACGUUCCAGUGGAGGAUACUUGACAAGCUUUAGUUUUUAUUUUAAUGUUUCUCUGAGAGACGUAGCCUAAAUGGACUAAAAGAUUUAAAACAAAUGUUAAUGAAAAGCUUUUUUCUUUUCCCAUUGAUGCACCGAGUCAUGCACCAAAUAUCAGUCUGUAGAGGUUAAUAUGUUAUCAAGAUGUGAACUGAUCUACAUUGUGUGGUUAUUGUAUGUAAUGUUUUCCCUUCAUUUAGCAAAUUUGACCCUGUGAGUUUAGUGACAUUACUGUGAAUUCUGUUCCUUCUGAAGAGGUUCAUUACUGACGUCUUGACGAUAUGGUGUUUUCUGCUGCAGAUCCCUUUUCACCAUCUAACCCCACUCGUCCUCCUCUCCCUCCUCUUCCUCGUACUGCAAUAUCGGAGGUCCCGUCCAUGUAGAGCUUAGGACGGAGUUAAGGACAUGAUUUAGCUCUAGAUGACACCAUUUACAUUAGCAAACAUUUAGGAAUAUCUGGAUUCAAAUAACCACACUCCACAGCACUCGACUACAAUAUUUUGGUGUUUGAAUUUGAAGUUCUUGGUGCUAUAAAUAAAUAGAUAGCAGGGAGUGGCUGCAGAUGGAGUGUCAAUAGUAGCCUCUCCUUUGUUAUCAGCACUACAGCAGGUGCUGGGGGGGGGGGGAAAGAGGCUGUGAUCGAAUCGUCUUGUUUUGAGGCUUCAUAAGGUUCCUGGUGAAAUGAUCCAGAAGUAUAGCAUAAGUCGCAGGAAAGGUGCUUCGGUGCUUAUUUUCUUAUCUCCUUUAGCAUAGGACACACUGGACCAUCCUUUACAAGAGGAAAGGAGAUAAUUCAAUUCCUUGCAGCGGCAACAUUUAUUGACCCACGUCAAUAACAUCUGCUGUCACAUAAUUACGCCGCCUAGUGUAAGUGUGGUCAGAUUCUCUUAGCGCCCCAGACGUCUUCAUGAAUCCUCCUUCACAUCUUUCCUUGACCUCGUGACGUUUUCUUUAUGUGGGUCAAGGAAAAGUGGUCGGGCAAGGACGCGGGACGUGAUGAGUUUUUUGACGAUUGGACCACAGCAAUACAAACCCUGCGAGAGGACGUUGUGUUGUCUCUUAGAGCCAUUUUUGCCAUUUUAGAAAGAAAGAACCACAGUAUUUUAAAUAUUGCCAAAACCUUUCUGCGUUUAAGUAAGCAGAAAUAAGAGGAUAUACAGUGUAUAAAUAUUAGGAACCAGUGCUGCAGGUGCAAAAAAAAUUGAAUAACAUCAGCACAGUUUUUGUGGGAACAGCAGGAUGAAUUUUUUUUUUAAUGACCUGUGUAAUUUUGUCUCCUUGCUAAAUUUAACUCGAUCAUUUUAAGAGACGCAUAAUAGUUUUAUUUAUUAAAUUCUCUCUUAAUGUGGUUCUGCAUGUUUGACCCCACGUGAAGUGGGUUAGAGCUGCAGCAAAGCACUUUUGUUUUAACGCUCUGUUCGAUCUACCCACGUUUUGACCCCCUCAGUCGGGUGAUCAUCAGGACAGGCGACCAAUCAAUCAAUUUAAUUGAUUAGUUAUAGAAAAAUCGAAAUGUUGCAAUUAAUUGACAUUGAUGUGACAGAAAUAUUCAACCCACUUUGGCUUAUUUUUUGGAUUUGAGAAAAAAAACACAUUCUGCACAUUUAUGUUCCCAAAUCAUUUCCGCAUCUUCUCAUGGAUGAUUUAAUCUUCAAAGUACAAAUGACAUAAAACUUUAUUUUUGAUUCUACAUGAAUUCUGAGUAACACUCACUGCCAAUAUCCAUUCUCUAUUUCUUCCUCUUGCUCCUACAAAACAAGACAUCAAGUUGAGAUUGUCGGUUGUAAUCCCAAUUCUUAUCUUGGCUGUAACAGAGAUGGUGCAUGUAAAUAAAGCUUAAAGAACCA